CGUCAGUAUCUCUCGCUUGACACAGCUUUGUUGCCGCUGUACUUGUAUUCAUUUUCCAUGAAUAUGACGCGGACGUAGUGAGUAUUAUUUCAAUGUGACUCGAGUUUCUUGCCUGUGUCCUUUUUAAUGGCGACAUGAGAGUGCGAUGGGCUGCGAUUGUCGCCUUUCUUUUUUACAGCUAAGCAGGGGAGAGAAAGAGAGAGUUGGUUGGGUAAAGGGACAAGACAAUUAAAAAGAUUGACAGGUAGCCUCCUCUGUCAGGGGUGACGCUCGCGGAGAAGGGGAGGAGUAAAAAUGUAGCAGGAAAAGCCACUCGAUGCGUCUGUCUAUCAGUUGAGACGGGCUCAAACGGCUUCUGGAUCCGUCGUGUUUCAAUUUUGACUUUUUUUUUUAGGAGGGGUAUCUGUCGCCGGAGGCCCCCCCCCCUCCUUUGCCCCCCUCCCCGUUCUUUUAAGAGACAAACGUGUUAAUAGUCCAUGCCGGUGUGACGUUUUGUUAGGGAAAGCUUUGGAUGCGUCUUGUUCCCCUCUCAAGUGAUUGCUUCCUUGUAACCACAUCAAACAGCCAACCCAAAACGCGACAUGUCCUCGAGAUGUUCGAUGAGAUGAUCAUUUGCGCCGCUCCUAGAGCGUAGGGUUUUGGCUCGGAGAGAAACUCAAAGGACUCUUUUUAUUUUUUUUAAAUCAAGAAGCGUAUUUGGCGCUCUCACCGGACUUAACUGUUUCAUUUCUUUUUAGUUUUGUCCUGUGUCAAAAAAUGCACCAAACUACCGCUCCCUUCAAAGAACAUUGAUUGAUUUAUUUAUUUUUUAAUCAAGCAAAAGUGAACUGCAACUUUGGGGCUUUUGCUCCGCUUUCCGACCCGGCCACAAGGGAGAUGAAAGAAGAUGAUAUUUGACGGACAUGAAGGUCUCCCGAACCGCUCCAAUCUGUUCGUAAUUUUUGAGCCCCACAUCGUUGGAGCCAAUCCAGCUAUUACGUCUAAAAAUAUCUGGCAGCGUGUAAAAGAAGACUGACAUCCUCAGCUCCGAGAUCAAAACGCUUUCCCACCGAAAAGGGAUGAUUCUUCAUCACUGACAGUCUUGAAUUCUUUGUAAUUCCUGCAUGAGAAACACCGUGGAGGCUGACGGUCACUAUGCCGAGGAGAAAGCAGCAAGAGCCGCGGCGAUCAGCAGCUUACAUGCCUGAAGAUGAACUUAAGCCUCCCACUCAAGAGGAGGAAGAGCACCUCCAGGAUGAUGGCCUCUCAUUAGAUGGCCAGGACACUGAGUUCCUGUGCAACGAGGAAGAGGAUGAUGUGGAAGGAGGCCAACCACCUAGUUACAGAGACUCUCCCCUCAGCAAUGGCACCAACCCUGAUGCUGGCUAUGGGUCCCCGCUUAGUGACUCUAGUGACCGACUUACAGACUUCAAAAGCACUUCCUCUCGGGAUGGCCAUGAGAAGGAAGAUGCCUCUUGGUCCAGCAUUACAAUGGACAUCAUGAAAUCCAAGUCUGUUCCAGCUGGCAGUGUCAACAGUACCCUCAUCACUUCAGAACCUGCCUCUUCUGCUCCCGUUUCUGCAGCAACAACAACAAACACAAACAAGAGCAAUGGGGUCAACACAGUCUCCAGUCAUCAUAAUGGCAAGAGCUCCAGCACCACUGUCAGCCACACUAGCACCACAACUGUUAACACUAAUGGUACAGCAGCUAGCUCUGUUAGUGUCCAGAAUGCAACCAGCAGUAGUGGGAACAGCAGUGGAGGGACUAGUAAUGGCAGUGGUGUGGCUUAUGACUGGCACCAGGCAGCACUUGCAAAGACUCUUCAGCAGACCCCCUACCAUCUUUUACCAGAGCCUAGCCUUUUCAGCACAGUGCAGCUGUACCGUCAAAACAAUAAGCUGUAUGGCUCUGUCUUUACUGGUGCAAGCAAAUUCCGCUGUAAAGAUUGCAGUGCUGCCUAUGACACUCUGGUUGGUUUGACAGUCCAUAUGAAUGAGACUGGCCACUAUCGAGAUGACAACAAGGACAAAGAGGAGGAUCAGGGAAAGCGCUGGUCAAAACCCCGCAAACGCUCCCUGAUGGAGAUGGAAGGCAAAGAGGAUGCCCAGAAGGUACUGAAGUGCAUGUACUGUGGCCACUCAUUUGAAUCGCUGCAGGAUCUCAGUGUUCAUAUGAUCAAGACCAAGCAUUACCAGAAAGUGCCUCUCAAAGAACCAGUGCCAGCCUUGGCCACUAAAUUAGUAUCCUCCUCCACUAAAAAACGAGCGAUGCAAGAUACUAUCAUUUCUCCUUGCUCUCCAGAGUCUGUCCAUCCUGGGGGUGGGGGAUGCAAUUUAUCACUUGGUGAUAUCAGCAAAGAUGCAAAAGCAGCAGCUAAUCCCUAUGUAACGGCAAACAACCGAUAUGGCUACCAGAAUGGUGCCAGCUAUACAUGGCAGUUUGAAGCACGAAAAGCUCAGAUACUGAAAUGCAUGGAGUGUGGUAGUUCUCAUGAUACGCUGCAGCAGCUUACUGCUCACAUGAUGGUCACAGGUCACUUUUUGAAAGUCACAAAUUCUGCAUCCAAGAAAGGGAAGCAACUGGUUUUUGAUCCUGUAGUAGAAGAAAAGAUUCAGUCUAUCCCACUGCCACCUACCACCACCAGACUCCCUGUACCUGGUAGUAUUAAGUCUCAGCCUGUGUCCCCUGCCCUCUCCUCUGGCUCAGAGGAAAAGAGGGAAGUGAGUGAGGAUGAGAAAGUUGAAUGUGGGGAGCCAGUGGAGAAAAAAAUUAAAGAGGAGCGAGAUGACUCGGGUGAGAAAGUUGAGACUGACACCACAUCAUAUAAAUAUCUUAGAGAAGAAGAUCUGGAGGAAACUCCUAAAGAAGGUCUCGAUAUUCUUAAAUCCCUUGAAAACACCGUGUCAAGCGCCAUUAGCAAGGCUCAGACAGGCACUCCCACGUGGGGUGGAUAUCCGAGCAUUCAUGCAGCAUAUCAGCUGCAAGGUGCUCUAAAAAGCUCGACUACUGUUCUGCCCCCCACCAUCCAAAGUGUCCAGAUGCAGCCAAUGUUUAACAGUGGGCUUCGAGGGCUUGUGAGUGACCCCAAUUCAGUCAUCCACUCACCUCGGAGCCCUUCUUCACCUACUCCACUCAGGAGCAAUGUCACUGCCAUGGAGGAGCUGGUAGAGAAAGUGACAGGGAAAGCUACCACAGUAAAGAAAGAAAAGGAGGAGAAGAUGGUGAGCGUGGAGCGAGCCCGACCUCCAUCGUUGGUUAAGUCCCCCUCUCCUGCACUGAGAGAGCAGAGAGAGCAACAGGGUUCCCCAAAUGACCUCACGACAGGUAGAGCAUCUGGUAUGAGAAGUACUAGCCCAGGCAGUGUAGAGUCCGAGCUUAUCUGCAAGAAGGAGCCGAAAGAAAGUCUUGUGGAUGUCUAUAACAACAAUUCAAAGAGUGGCACCGAGGCGUGCCAAUCGCCGGUGACUAACGGCAACAGUCUCGGCAUCAUUACUGAUCACUCACCAGAAAGUCCUUUUAUAAACCCUCUGAGUGCACUCCAGUCAAUCAUGAACACACACCUAGGUAAGGCGUCCAAACCAGUAACCCCAGCUGCAGACCCACUGUCCAUGCUUUACAAAAUCAGUAACAGCAUGAUGGAUAAGCCAGCCUUCACCCCAAUACCUCAAGGCAAAACUGCUGAGCCCAUUAACCACUUUCCUUUGUAUGAAAACAGUGACCAACCCAUAGACCUAAGUAAAAAUAAGUCAAUCACUAACAAUAACAGUAACAGUAACAAUAACAACAGCAGGAGUGUGGUCAACAAUAUUGUAAAUGGUAGCAAAACUAUUAUUACCAUGCCUGAGACAGUUUCCUCCCCUUUGAGAGAGAACGCUCUCAUGGAUAUCUCCGAUAUGGUAAAGAACCUCACUGGGAGACUGACUCCCAAAUCGUCAACGCCUUCCUCUAUCUCAGAAAAAUCAGAUGCUGAUGGCAGUGCAUUUGAGGAUGCUCUUGAGGAUCUCUCGCCAGUGCAGAAGAGAAAAGGGAGGCAAUCCAACUGGAAUCCUCAACACCUCCUCAUCCUGCAGGCACAGUUUGCCUCCAGCUUGCGGGAGACCCCAGAAGGCCGCUACGCUCUGACUGACCUGGGACCUCAAGAAAGGGUUCACAUCUGUAAGUUCACCGGCCUCUCCAUGACCACCAUAUCCCACUGGCUAGCCAAUGUAAAGUACCAGCUGCGACGGACUGGUGGCACUAAGUUUCUCAAAAAUAUGGACUCGUGCCAGCCUGUGUUCCUCUGUAGUGACUGUGCUUCCCAGUUUAGGACUCCCUCCUCCUAUAUCAGCCACCUGGAGUCUCACCUGGGAUUCAGCUUGAAGGACCUGUCCAAACUGUCAGCUGAACACCUACGGGAGCAGCAGGCUGCCUCAAAGGUGAUCACGGACAAAAUGACAUUCGGCAGUUCCCUGUCAGCCUUGACUACGCCAGAGGACGACAUUGGCUCCGUGUACCAGUGCAGACUUUGCAAUCGGACAUUCGUCAGCAAACACGCAGUCAAGUUGCACCUCAGUAAGACCCAUGGCAAGUCUCCCGAGGACCACCUGGUGUUUGUUACAGCUUUGGAAAAACUAGAGAAACUCGACAAAAUGGAGUCAGUUUGAGGAGGGUGUCAAUGAGAAGGGACAUGGACAGCUAUAGAACUGACUAGAAUUUCAUUGCACUAAAACAACAUUGCUCACAGUUACUGCACUGGGCCGAACUGAGCCAACAGAAAAAUACUUUUUUUUCUGUUGUAAUGAAUGCCUGACUGGACCAUGUUGAUGUUUUUUUUUUUUUUCAAAUUGUUUGUUGUUUUUUUACACUUAUUUCCCAAGAUAUUUAUAUGCUAAUUGUCUGAUCUGUGCAUGUAUUUUCGUGAAUCAAGGUUAAAAAAUGACUUUAAUAUUCUCAUGGCAAAAAUACAACUACUGUUUCAAUGAUAAAAUUUAAAAUGCAUUGGAAGAAUGGCAAUCUACUAUACUUAUGAAGAAAAAAAAAUUAAUGUAUACACCCAAAAUAGUUCACUAAAAGCUGAGAGACUGAAGUAGCACCUUAGAUUUUUAAACUUUGCGUUUGUAAAAAGAACAAUAAUUUUGAGUUCCUGUUAUUGAAAUGUUUUGAAGAAGAAUGGCCUGCUUAUUGUAUUAAAAAAAGAUUAUACGAACAUUUGGAACAACUGAAAUGCUGCUUCCAGUCAGUCAUAAGUGGCCACUGUAUGCAAGUUUGCUAAAGAAAAAAAAAGAAAACAAACAACUUGUGAAGUAUCACCUAUUGUCAAAUUUAAUAACUAUGAUUGUUUUUCUUUUCAAUUUUCUUCUUUUAACGAUGUUGCUUUCAGCUGCAAAGAGAACAGUUGUAAAUGUCAGUACUCCCAUUCGACAUAUCUCAUCAUUUGAAAUGACUGCAGUCUUUGUAUCUUAAGGUGUGUGCAUUCUCUAACUUUUGUAUUGUCAUUUUAUAUACUAAAAUGAUUCAAAACAAACAAAAAACAGAUUGUGUACAUAGAUAUAUGCUGUAGAGUUACAAAGUUUUUUUUUAAGGAAAAAUAAAAAUUCAGCUUCUUUGGCUUGGUUUACAGAAAUGAUUUUAAUUAUACUUGCAUCCGAUUUGAUGCAUGAAAUGGUGUGGAAAAUAAAUAAGCGAUGCACAAUGACUAUACAUUUCGAUGUUUUAUCAACAUUAAUUGUAAAAACAAAGAAACAUUUUUAGUUCCGGUUAGGUUGUUUCUUUUCUGUGUCAAUUGUAAAAUAAACCCCAAAGCAGUUGUUAAGUCAUCCAUUUCUGGUUGUGUAUUCAUUUGUCAUCAUGAUGCAUCAAGUUGCGUAUAUGCUCUGUAGCAUCAUCCUGUUUGCUGCACAUUAAAGCAAUCACGGCAAAACCCAA